AUGACUUCGGAUUCAGAACUCGAAGAAAUAAUUGCUCCUGCAAAAGAAUUCGCCAAUAAGAAGAAGCAAAAGAUCCCAGAAGAGCUCAGAGAAUGGAUUGAACCAGUUCUGUGGAAUUACAACAAAAAUUGCAUGAAAUCACAGCAUAGAGAGGACAGAAAGCCGCUUCUUCUCCGAAAUUACCGAGAUCUGGAAGAUGGCUUCAUCGUUGCUGUGAUGAUCAGGGAUUAUUGUCCGAAGGUCGUCCAGACGCACAAUCUGACGCGCACGCUCAAACGCGCAAGCAAGGUCGAUAAUUGGGCAUUCGUGUCUCAGAGACUCUGGAGUAAAACGGGAUUCAAUUUGUCUCAACUUACAAUCGAAAAGAUUCUCGACCACAACUCCUCCGUGCUUUUUGACUUUUUGUUUGAGCUCAAAGAGUUUUUGGACGCCAGAUUUCCAAAGGAUCAAGAGGGAUCCGAUAAAUCGUCGGAAAUCGCUUACGUAGACGUCGAAAAAUACAUACCAUCUGUUCUUGACUCGCCAAAGGCAAAGAAGCCCCUUUCAAAGAUAAAUAAUGUUAAAGUGUUGGACAAGAAAGCGAAAUCAGCUCUGCAGAGAAACGACACGAUUUUCAAAAACAACCGAAAGUGUGUUCAAGAGUUGAAAGCCCGAUUUAAUAGUCUUCAAUCCGAUGUUCAAGAGCGUAAUAACGAGAUCAUCAUGCUCGAGACGAGCGCUCGUUCAGUUCCUUCUCCUCAUCCUUCACAAAGUUCCAAGAAGAAAGGUUGUUGCUGCGUGAUUUCCUAA